UUUUAAGUGAAAUUUUAACGGUCUGUCCCAUUGUACAUUGGCCAUGUCAAUAUCGCCUUGUAGCUUCUGCUAGUUUAGUGUACACUUGUUUGCCAAGUGCUGGCCACCUCGAAGCAGGCAACGAGUUUGCUAUUAGUUGUGUUUGAACCUAGACGGAGCACACAAGUCUAUCCAACACCUUUCUGGCCAGGAGUACACAUUGUCACAAUUACUUGAAGUUCUGAUAAUCAAAUUUGCAGUUAUCAAAACACUAUGGCCAAAAUAAGAGAGCUGGUGCCAGAGCUGGCGGAAGUGGCGCGCUCGGAGCUGAACGAGGAUGAGGCGAACAGAGAUGCGUUAAUUGUGGCCCUGCGCACUUGGAUCGAUGAGCAGAACUAUCUGGUGGCGCGCACCGAAGAUCAGUUUCUGGUCGCAUUUCUGCGUUUCUGUCAAUGGGAUUUGGAGGAGGCCAAAAAGCGUGUGCUCUUCUUCUACAACUACAAGUCCAAGGAACGCAGCCUACUCAAGUGUCGCUCGGUAGAUGACAAGGUCCUCGAGCUGGCCAGAUCAGGUAUAUUUGCUACACUACCCAAUCCCAUUGGACCAGGCGGUCCACGUAUCCAUUACACACGCAUGGGGCACAUAGAGACUUCCAAGCAUAGCGUUUCCGACAUUUUUCGCUUCCAUGCCUUCCGCUCUGAAAUUGAGAUCAACACCGACGACAACUGGAACAUUGCCGGCGUUGUGGAGGUUAUUGAUUUUACUAAAAUACCUUACUCGUUGCUGCUGCAGUUCGAUCCCAGCUUGUUCAAGCGCAUGAAUGCCUUCCUCGAGCAUGGUUUACCCACGAGCUUAGUAGCCACGCACAUUGUGAAUGCCUCGCGAGAAACACAGUUUGUGCUCACCAUAAUCCGCAAUGUUAUGAAACAGAAGGAACUGCUGCACAUACAUCCCAAUUUGGAGUCGUUGUACAAGGCCAUUGGCAAAGAGUAUCUGCCGGCGGAGCUGGGCGGCAAUAAUGGCUCACUGAACGAAGCCAUCACACGCUAUGAGCUGCAACUGAACAGCUUUACGAAUUACUUCAAGGAUGAGGAGCGUUUUGGUGUUGACGAGAAGCUGCGGGCUGCCAGCGAGAAGGAGCAGCGCCCUACACUGGUCGCCGGGUCCGCCAAUGAGGACGGCGCCUUUCGCAAGCUGACCUUUGAUUGAGGCUGUGACAGCGGCGGUGGCAGUUAGUUGUAUAUUCAGAUGCACAUACUAUACACACCUCUCUCUAUAUUUACAUAUAUAUAUAUAUAUAUACAUACCCCAUCCAUACUACAGCGAACUUUGGGACAUAGCUGAACCUGAUAUUUUAUAACAAUUGAUAGAAAGCAACAUCGAAACCUAAAGCAAAUUGAACAAUGUUACAACUAAAACAAAGUGCACACUAAAAAAAA